CCGGAGCCGCCCCCUCCCGCCCCUCGCUGGGGACUCCCCGCAUGCGCAGGCGAAGCCGUCGAGGCGAGACAGGUCUAGAGAAGGGCAGGCAGGCAGGCAGCGAGCAUGGCCACAGCGGGCAGGGUGCUGGUGUACGGGGGCAGAGGAGCACUGGGGUCUCAGUGCGUGCGGUACUUCAAGUCCCGGAACUGGUGGGUGGCCAGCAUUGACCUGGCGGAGAACGAGGAUGCCAGUGCCAACGUGGUGGUGGGGCCGACCGACUCCUUCCCCGAGCAGGCCGAGCAGGUGACAGCAGAAGUUGGAAGAAUCCUUGGUGAAGCAAAGGUUGAUGCAAUCUUGUGUGUAGCAGGAGGAUGGGCUGGAGGCAGCGCCAAAGCUAAAUCUUUAUACAAAAACUGUGAUCUGAUGUGGAAGCAGAGUGUUUGGACAUCAACUAUUUCUAGCCACCUAGCCACAAAACAUCUGAAAGAAGGUGGCCUCUUGACUUUGACAGGAGCUCAAGCCGCUUUAUCUGGAACCCCAGGGAUGAUUGCCUAUGGUAUGGCCAAAGGAGCAGUGCAUCAGCUUUGUCAGAGUUUAGCUGGUGCCACUAGUGGCUUGCCGUCUGGUUCCGCUGCUGUGGCCAUCUUACCGGUUACCUUAGAUACACCAGCAAACAGGAAAUCAAUGCCUGACGCAGAUUUCAGCUCCUGGACACCCUUAGACUUCAUUGUUGAAACAUUUUAUGACUGGAUAACAGGAAAGAAUCGACCGAACUCGGGGAGUCUAAUCCAGGUGAUAACUACAGGAGGGAAGACUGAACUAGUUGCAGCAGCGCAUCUUUGAUGUCAGUCACUUAAGACAGUGGAACCUCACCAGAAGAGAAGCUAUGGAAAAUCUGCAAAAU